GGCGAGUCACGAUGAUGGCGGCCACCAGCCUGUGGUGAGCUAGCGGAUUCUCUGCUUGUCUCGAAGCGCUUCUCGAGCUUCCUGCACACUCAGGGGCUGGUGCUGAGGACGCUAGGCGGCCCGAUCUCGCGGGAAAGGCCGCAGUCGCGGAGGCAGCCGCGCGGCCCGAGGCCACGGCGGGGGGAGAGGCCGCCCCGCUGGGCGAAUGUGACAAAUCCCCACCCCCACCGUCUUCCUUCCGAGCGCACGAGGAGCGCGGGCGACCCCAGGGCCACGCCAGGCCACAGACCCCGCCCAGCGGCCAGCACCUGGAGCAGGCCCGGCAGCGGAGCUGCGCGGCGGCACCAUGCAGGUCACCCUGAAGACUCUCCAGCAGCAGACCUUUAAGAUCGACAUCGACCCCGAGGAGACGGUGAAAGCACUGAAAGAGAAGAUUGAAUCUGAAAAGGGGAAAGAUGCCUUUCCUGUAGCUGGUCAGAAGUUAAUUUAUGCAGGUAAAAUCCUCAAUGAUGAUACUGCUCUAAAAGAAUAUAAAAUUGAUGAGAAAAACUUUGUGGUGGUUAUGGUGACAAAACCCAAAGCAGUGACAACACCAGCACCAACAACGACGCAGCAAUCAAAUCUUACCACCACUACCACAGUUAGUUCCUCCACAGCACCAGCUGUGGCUCAGGUCCCAACCCCCACCCCUGCUUUGGCUCCCACUCCUACUCCCACUCCCACUCUUACUCCUACUCCUACUCCUACUCCUACUCCCACUCCCACUCCCACUCCUACUCCUACUCCCACACCUACAUCUAUCACUCCAGCAUCAGCGACAGCAUCUUCUGAACCUGCACCUGUAAGUGCCACAAAACAGGAGAACCCUGUAGAACAGCCAGCAGAAACACCAGUGGCUACUAGCCCGACAUCAACUGACAGUACAUCAGGAGAUUCUUCUCGGUCAAAUCUUUUUGAAGAUGCAACAAGUGCACUUGUGACAGGUCAGUCUUACGAGAAUAUGGUAACUGAGAUCAUGUCAAUGGGCUAUGAACGAGAGCAAGUAAUUGCAGCCCUGAGAGCCAGUUUCAACAACCCUGACCGAGCAGUGGAGUAUCUUUUAAUGGGAAUUCCUGGAGACAGAGAAAGUCAGGCUGUGGUUGAUCCCCCUCCGGUAGCUACUACUGGGCCUCCUCAGUCUUCAGUGGCUGCAGCUGCAGCAACUACGACAGCAACAACUACAACAACAAGUUCUGGAGGACAUCCCCUUGAAUUUUUACGGAAUCAACCUCAGUUUCAACAGAUGAGACAAAUUAUUCAACAGAAUCCUUCCCUGCUUCCAGCAUUGCUACAACAGAUAGGUCGAGAAAAUCCUCAAUUACUGCAGCAAAUUAGCCAACACCAGGAGCAUUUUAUUCAGAUGUUAAAUGAACCAGUUCAAGAAGCUGGUGGUCAAGGAGGAGGAGGAGGGGGUGGAGGAGGCAGUGGAGGAAUUGCAGAAGCUGGAAGUGGUCACAUGAACUACAUUCAAGUAACGCCUCAGGAAAAAGAAGCUAUAGAAAGGUUAAAGGCAUUAGGAUUUCCUGAAGGACUUGUGAUACAAGCAUACUUUGCUUGUGAGAAGAAUGAGAACUUGGCUGCCAAUUUUCUUCUACAGCAAAACUUUGAUGAAGAUUGAAAGGGACUUUUUUUUUUUUUUUUAAUUUCACACUUCACACCAGUGCAUUACACUAACUUUGUUCACUGGAUUGUCUGGGAUGACUUGGGCUCAUAUCCACAAUACCUGUAUAAGGUAGUAGAUUGUUGGGGGUGGGAGGGAGGGAUCUAGGAUAAAUACAGUGCAUGUCUGCUCAAUUAGCAGAUGCUGCAGAUCCACACAGUGUGUAAAAUAGACAACCAAAAAGCAGCUUUUGCAGGUCUCUAUCUCUUGUAUAAAACAGUAGGUAACUUCCUAGGUUUCACUCUUUUUAGUGUACUAGAUCCAGAAAUUUAGUGUAAUGCCCUGCUUUAUAUUUCUUUGACUUAACAUUGGUUUCAGAAAGAAUCUUUGCUACCUAGAAUCUACAGUCUCUAUUUCAUGGCAACACUGGAUAAUGGCUUUAUGAAAUUGAAACAAAUUUGGAACAACUGCGAAGAGAUGCCAAAUAAUUGAUGGUUAUUGUUGCUGCUCCAAAUAAGUAUAAAAUUAAUGUCAAGAAAGCCCAUUCUUUCAUGUUAAAUACUUGGGUUGGGGUGAAGAAGAAGGGGAACCUUUUCUUAAAGUGAAAAUACUGCUAUUUUAAAAUCUCUUGAUCAGUGAAUGUGAGACCCUUCUGACAUGAUUUGAGAAGCUGUACAAGUAUAGGCAGACUUAUUUCCUGUUUACAUUUUUUUGGUUUGUUUGGGGGAAAAUUGGUAGGUGUCUAAUUACUGUUUACUUCCUUGUUAUAUUGCAGUAAAAGUUUUAAAACCACCAUUGCAUGUUUGCUUUUGAUGUGUCCCUUUGUGGAAUUAGCACUUUGGGACCAAUGGAGAAAUGCAGCGCUCACUCUCCUUUGUCCCUUCCCUCAGCAGAACCAUGCUUGUCACCAAGUUGUGAGUUCAAACUGCUGCCUUUCUUAAACCCACAAAGGCUGAUUCAGUUCAAAAUUAAUGCAAAUGUUUUAAAUCUGGGUUUCUGAUAUUUGUAAGUGUUUUUCCUUAUUAGAAAAGAAUGUAUGGCUGUUAAAUUGCUUUCAAAAAGAGAAGGUGGACAGAACUAUAAUCCAGCAUCUUUUAUUUGAAAGACUGAGGAAAUCUUUUGGAAGGGUUGGGAGUUGAGGCUGGAAAAGUACUUUGGAAAAUAUACAAUCAAGAUAUCUCGUAGCACAUUAAAGGAAAACUCUUAAUAGCAAUGUUGGCUUUUAUUUGGAUUUUUUCAUCUCAGUUUUUCUUUGGAAUCUUCUUCAUUGGCAUUGUUAUUUAAUCAUAAAGAGGGGGCAGAUGUCUACUUGUUCAGUUUUCCAAAUUUAUUUUCCUGACUAUAAACAAGACUUGAAAGAAAUUCUUUUUCCACCAUCUGAUACUGAGUUAAGAAGAUGAAUUUGCACAGAUUUCUCCCUGCGUAAUCUCUUGCAAUAAUCCUUAGCAUCGUUUGGUGAUGACUUUUAAGCUUUGACAUCACGCACUCAUAACCUAUCUCAUUUGAAAGUAAAUGAAAUCAUGGUUUCUCCCCACAAUGUUAAAUCAUGUGACUUAAUCUUCAUGUGUUUAUUCCGUAAACUCAACAGGCCUUUGGACUUUGUAUCACCUGUAUGUUUUAUACUGAAUCAUGCAAAAUAUCUCAGGAGAAUAAAAUGAGAAUUUGUAAAUAUGUUCCUCUUUCAAGGCAGAGGAGUUGGGAAGAGGGGUGGCAUUUCUGGUUGGAUCAUGGAAUACUUUAUUUUAUGACAUUUUAUCUGCUACCUGAUUGCUCACAGAUAGCGAAAACUGGAAAAAGGAUUAAAAAACAACAGCAACCUCUUCCUUACUCUGGAAAGUGACAGCAGAAGUUGGUGGCAUGGAGCUUUUGUCCUUGGACAACAAAACUACAAAUAGUGGGAUUAAUGAUUACCGGAGGACAGUUCAGGCCGUUUUGACCAUUCCUUGUUUAUCUGCUUAAAGAACCAGACAAAACACUAUGAAAGAAAUAGGCUUUUUGUGACCUUUUGUUGUCUUUUAAUUUGCGAACAGUUUUGGUAAAUCUCUUAAUGUAAGUGACCUAUUUGACUUUGGAAUUUCGCAUUUGAGGUAUGUCAUCUAUUCCUUGAAAUGUUUUUAUUGUUUAGUUGCUCUGUGGAAAAUGUGAGGAAGCUUACCGUUUAUAUUUGUUAACAUCUUACUGCCAUCCCCAAGUCAAACAUGUCUUUACAUUGUUUAAAAAAUACCGAAGUGUUCCAUCGAAUAAUUUUUUUCCUGUACUAGAAGGCUAGGAUUCUAGACAAUUAUAAAAUAUUUUCAAUACAUCCAA